CCAGGUGCAUGAUUGUGGUAGCAUAUAAGUAGCAGUCUGAUUUAGGAACUUACUGUCUCAUUUGAUCUUCUUCACUUCCACUAUUCAUAUAAAUACUCAUUUGACCUGUAGUAUUGCUAAGAAUUGUUCAAUCGUAUUCCUACGCAUCACUGCAAAAAUGAAGUUGAGAAUAGUGUUCGUUUUUGUGGUUCUGCUAAUGGCGGAAACAAAUUCUGAAAACAUUUUAUUUUAUUGGGGGGUGAGCGGGUAUAGCCACCGAAUUUCUGUUUGGGGGCUCAUUGACAAAUUAGUUGAAAAGGGUCACAAGGUCACUUUCAUCUCGCCAUAUGAAGCCAAAGUCCCUUACUUCCACCCCAACAUCACGGACAUUGUGCCCAUGAACCUGGCCGAAGACGUCGGUCUAAUCGGGCUCGAUUUCAUAUCAAUGCGAUUGCAGAACGGCGUCCAAGCAAUUGACGACCUUUGGUACGAGUAUUACGACAGCGGAAUUCGUGGCUGCAAGUCUCUAAUGCAAAAUGAGCAAGUGCUGAAGUGGAUAAAUGAGUCCUCCUAUGACCUCGUCAUUCUGGAUGCUUUGUACAACGAUUGUGGGUACGGAUUGGUGCACAAGUUUCAAGCUCCCCACAUUAUGUACACACCCACCACGCACUUUCCCUGGUUUAAGGAUGCGUACGGCUUUCCGGAUGAGAAUCUUCCAGAAAUGGAGUUCCAUUACCCCCUCGAGAUGACCUUUGUGCAGAGCAUUCGAAAUCUCGUGUCUGGGCUGUACUGGCAAUGGAAACGACACACCGAGCUAUUUCCCAUUCUUGAACCUUUGCUGAGGUCUGCCUUGAAAAUUCCUGAUCUUCCAUCCCUCCACGAAAUCGAAAUGAACACAAGUCUCAUUUUUACCAAUACGCAUCCAAGUGAAGAGUUCCCACGAUCUUUGCCUCCAAAUGUUGUUGAAAUUGGUGGAAUACAUUGCAGCGAUGAUCGAAAACCAUUACCUCAGGAUUUAGAGGAUUUCAUAGCAUCUGGCGACAACGGAUUUAUUCUUCUCAGUUUUGGGACUUAUGCUGCAAUUAAUAAUUUACCCAUCCAUUUGCAGCUUGUGUUCUUCAACGCAAUGAAAGCUGUGCCCAAAUAUCAAUUUCUUGUCAAGUACAAUCAAGACCGUCCAGAUUGGGCUCCGAAAAAUGUGCACACUUUAAAAUGGGUUCAACAGCAAGAUUUGAUUGCUCACCCCAAAAUUCGAGCAUUUAUCGGACAUGGAGGACUGCUAAGCACUCAAGAAGCAAUCUUUCAUGGAGUUCCGAUGAUUAUAGUGCCGCUGUUUGCCGAGCAGGAUUAUCAAGCAGUACGCGCCAAUGAUAGGGAAACUGCAAUUGCGCUCGAAAUUGCUGAAUUAACGGAGGAAAAAUUACUGAAAGCUAUUUUGGAAGUCACGAGUAAUCCCAAGUACAAAACCAACACGAUGAGAUUGUCCAAGUUUUUCAGGGAUCGUCAAAACCAACCUUUAGAGUCUGCAAUUUGGUGGGUCGAAUAUGUAAUGAGACACAAAGACAUUUCGCAUCUGCGGCCCGUUGGAAUCACCAAAAGCUGGUAUGAGAGAAGAAUGCUACACAUUUGGGGAUUUCUGGCCGUCUCUCUGUUAUGCUUUCUUGCAAUAGCAAUGUAUUUUAUUAUAUCUGUUUUGAAAAUGAUGACGAAAGUGAUAACCAAAUAUAAGCAAGAAUAAAUUUUAUACGCAAUAAUGCCGGUAGAAAAAUAUA